AUGGCCGGCUUUCUGCGAGGCAAGCAGGCAGGCAUCCAGAAUGACCUGUCUGCCAGCAUCCGACCGGAACUCUUUACGCCUGAUGACCACGCGCGAUAUGGCCUCAACUCACAGAUAAGCUGCUUUGCCUACGAUCCCGUGCAGUCGCUGCUCGCCAUCGGAACCGCCGAGAGCAAGUUUGGCUCUGGAAAGAUCUACGUCUUUGGCCAGCAGCGCGUGCAGAAGACGUUCGACCCCCCGCGACGAACGUCGUUCCAGACAAUCCAAUUCAGCGCAAACCGUCUCGUCAGCCUCGAUAGGAACAAUGAGCUUGGUCUUUGGGAUCUCGACACCGGAGAGCGCCUGGCCGCUCAGGUCAUUGGCGGCCCGGUGACCUCGAUGGUGACGGAUCCUAUGCUCGACUGGGCGUUUAUUGGAAUGCAGAAUGGAGACAUCAUGGCAUACGAUCUGGACCGACGUGGUCUCGCGCGGUCUUUCCGACUGCCCAACUUCUGGAAGGCAAAGGAUCCGAUACAGCACACAGUCACUCUGGUCACCAUGUCGAUGCAUCCCCGAGAUGCCGGCAAGCUCCUGAUCGGAUACAGCCACGGCGCUGUCGUUUAUACAUUCAAGCAGAAUCAGCCACAGCAAUUUCUCGAGUACGUGCUUCCGGUCGGGGCGCCUGGAGGAAGUAGCAUCGGCAUGGAUCAAGUGCGCCGACCUCGUCUGACCCAUGCUCUGUGGCACCCCUCGGGCACGUUUAUCCUCACUGCCCAUGAGGACGGAAGUCUGGUUUUCUGGGAUCCUAAAGAAGCAAAAGUUGUCAUGGCGAGAACACUCACGGAGUUUGGCAUUCAACAAGCCACCCCGAGUGCGCCGACCCCAGCGUACUCGGAGCCGUAUAUCAAGAUCGCUUGGUGCUGCAAACAAAACUGCGACGACACUGGCUUGUUGAUUGCAGGUGGCCAGGCCCCCGAUGCGUCUCCCAAGAGUCUGACCUUUAUCGAGCUCGGCGUGACGCCCAUGUAUGCGACAUCAACCUGGCAAGCUUUAGAGAACCAUUUCCGAGGCAAACGACAUAUACCGCUGGCCCUGCCACCCGGAGCUCAAGCAAUUGACUUUCUGCUUAUUCCGAGAGACUCGCCCUACUUUGGUGGUUCACAGGAUCCCAUUGCCGUCAUUGUGCUAUUAUCUUCGGGCGAGCUGAUUACCCUCAGCUUUCCUUCUGGAUAUCCGAUCAGCCCCACCAAUCAACUCCAUCCGUCAACUUUCUUCGUGCAUCCUUUUGUUACAAAAUUCAACGUCUCCAGCGUCGACCGGCCUAGGUGGCUGUCCAUGGUGGAGAAACGAGAUCAAGGAGAACCUCUCGUAAAGGGUGGAGCAGCCGGAGUGAGACCAAAAAAGAGAUUUGAAGAUCGCACAAUUAUCCAGACGGCGCAUGCCGAUAGCAUCGUUAGACUGUAUGAUUCAGGGCACGCUGAUCAAAUCGAAAACGAAGUCCAGUUACAGGUCGACAUAGCUCGGGCCUUGGACCGCUUCGACGACGUCGAAGUGACUGCAAUGAGUUUGGCUAGUACCACUGGCGAAUUUGUCGUGGGCACGAAAACCGGAGAGGCCGUCAUAUUUCGCUGGGGCACAAACCCAUAUUACGGAAAGAAUCAGCCCAAGCCGCUGGAUCCGAAUCCAAUGGGACUCUCCGACAUCAGCUCCAGGGCAGAGCCGAACCUAAAGGAAGGCCUACAGCCGUUUGUCUUGUACGAGAUGAUGCAAGGGCCGAUUACCGCUGUUCAAAUUUCAAACGUGGGCUUCGCGGCGAUUGGGUCGGAGCUCGGUUUCCUGACCAUCAUCGACCUCCGUGGUCCUAAAAUCAUCUUUCAAGCUCCCAUGACGGACUUUGCGAAGCCGGAAAAUAGAAAGUUGUUUCUCAAGGGCCAUUCCAAAUCCAGCUCACAACCCCCGAAAGAGUUUGCCGUGGUAAUUGAGUUUGGUGUCAUGACGUUGGACGACGAUAAGUACUCGUCGAUAUGCUGCUUUGUUGGCACCAACCUGGGAAAGGUCAUCACCAUGAAGCUGUUACCCGCAGGGGGCGGGGGCUACACAGCCGAAGUAGCCGGAAUGGUUGCAUUCGACGGAAAAGUUGUCGCCCUGAAUCCGAUCCAGGCUGACACCGGGAAGCCGGCGCUAGCCACGGGCCCAAUCGUGGCUGGGCUUCGAGAGGGGCGUCAGGUCAAUGGUGUUCUCGUUGCCGUGACCGAGAAGGAAAUCAGGAUCCUCAGGCCUGCUCAUUCCAAGGGCGCCUCCAAAGAAUUCGGCGACUUCUUAUGCGACUCGGCCUGUGUAGCAGAACUUGAGUUGCAGGGCUAUGCCAUUGUCGCUACCUUCCGGGAUGGAACGGCCAGGGCAUUUAGUAUCCCGGGCAUGCGGGAUCUUGGUAGUGCCAAGCUCCCCAUGAUUGAUCGUACACGCAGCACGGCAACCAUUGUCACACAGACUGGUGAUAUCUUCGCAUGGGCAGGCCCUGCGGAGAUGGCAGUCGUCCACGUGUGGGGUACGGGAAAACCGCUGCAACAAUCCCCGGAUCGACUAAUCAACCCCGAGAUUAGCAUUCCUCCCCGCCCGACGAUUUCCAACAUGCAGUGGAUUAGUGGAACACAGCAUGUAUCGCCGUUGGAUCUCGACCUUUUGAUAGGAGGCCCCAAUAGACCGCCUAGCAAGAGAAUGAUGGAUGCGGCUGCCGCGGAGCAGCGAGCUGCGAGAAGCCAUCCUGCUGGUGCAUCCGCAACCCAGGAAGGUUGGGGCGACUAUCUGACGAGGCAGCUGAACGAAAGAACCGAGAAACUGAACCUCAUGGGAGACACAAUGAAUUCAUUGCAAGAGCAAUCCGAGGGAUGGGCGGACGAUGUAAACAAGUUUAUCGGGAGGCAGAAGCGGAACAUGGUUAUCGGGGGCUUGACGUCGAAAUUCUUUUAG